GAGCAGAGCCAGUAAGACACACAGUGUCUCACAUUCACACACACACACACAUAAACAUUAUCACAACCUGCUGGACUUUCAUUUAUUCACUCCUUAUCUAGGAAUUAAAGAACCGAGGAACUGUGUUAUUCUCUUGUGCUCCACUCUUUGUGGUGAGGAGAUAAAGGUGCAAGUACAGGAACAGAACCCAUACCUGGAGCGGAACAGAACCCCAUACCUGGAGAGCUACGCAUGCUUUUGGAGGAUGAGUCCAGCUUUAAAGGCGCUAAUGGAUGGGUGUAGAUACCCAGUGAAAGGCCCAAAGAAAGGUGGAGUGAUGUUGGAACCGUUUGUUCAUCAGGUUGGAGGCCAUUCAUGUGUAUUGCGCUUUGGGGAGCAGACCAUCUGCAAACCACUAAUCCCCCGAGAACACCAGUUCUACAAAAGCCUGCCACCAGAGAUCCGCAGAUUCACACCUCAAUAUAAAGGUGUGGUAUCAGUGAGCUUUGAAGAGGAUGAGGAAGGAAACCUGUGCUUGAUAGCGUACCCUCUGCACAGCGAUCCGUCUGACCAGGAGAACACAGAACCCUUAGCUGACGGAGAACCCAAGAGCAAGCUGUUGAAGUGGAGUAAGAAGAAGACUUCCGGACUGCUGGAGAACGAGAGAACGAGAGCGAGCCGCAAAGAGGAGAAGAGCAAAAGUAACCGUGAAGAUAAAGCAGAGGUGCUAUACUACAGCCUGGAGAAAGGCAACAUGGCACCGCAGAUCAAACACAACCCCUGGAGUCUGCAGUGCCACCAGCAACAUCUACAGAGGAUGAAAGAAAACUCCAAACACCGAAACCAGCACAAGUUCAUUCUCCUGGAAAACCUGACAUGGCGGUAUCGGGUCCCUUGUGUUCUUGAUUUGAAAAUGGGAACGCGGCAGCACGGCGAUGAUGCAUCAGAAGAGAAGAAAGCCAACCAAAUUCGUAAAUGCCAGCAGAGUACGUCAUCCUUGAUAGGAGUGCGGCUCUGCGGGAUGCAGGUGUAUCACAGCGUGACGGGGCAGCUGAUGUUCAUGAACAAGUACCACGGCCGUAAGUUGAGUCUGGCUGGCUUUAAAGAAUCCCUGUAUCAGUUCUUCAGCGAUGGACGGGUUCUCCGCAGAGAGCUCCUCUCUCCGGUUCUGCAUCGGCUCAAGGAGAUGCGAGCUGUACUCGAAGCCUGCGAGAGCUACCGCUUUUUCUCCUCUUCUCUCCUCAUUAUCUACGAUGGAGCACCAGCGCCAGCUGCUGCCAGAUCUCGGCCUUCUCGUGGAGGAGAGGUAGAAGAUGAAGAGGAGGAGGAGGAGGAGGAGGAGGAAGGAGCAUUUGGUGGCCUUUCCCAGCACAGGGAUUGUUCGAGCUCAUCAGGAUCGAGCUCGGCGUUGGUGGACGUUAGGAUGAUCGAUUUUGCUCAUACGACCUGUCGCGAUUACGGCGAGGAUGGCGUCGUUCAUGAAGGUGGAGACAGCGGCUAUAUCUUUGGCCUGCAGAAUCUAAUAAGCAUUCUGUCGGAGCUUGAGGAGCACAGCAAUGAUUAAAUGCAUACAUGAGUAAACAUGUCAUUGGUGCACAAACCGCUAUGCUAGGCUUAUAGUGGAUACCAUGAUAAAGGUAACAGGGCUAAAGGCUAUGUUCCGAUCCCUCAAAGCUUUAAUCACGCCCCGAAGACGAGGCACCAGAGCGUCAAGGAAGGGUGGAAGGUCAAAUCCCAAAUUGCCUUCAGGAGCUGAUGGGACUGAACUGCUAACACUUUUGCUUGUUUUUUGCAAUAUCUAGUGUGGUCCCGCUCUCAUCUAGUCAAUUCUGUUUUCUCGCUAUGUGAUAGAAGUGUUCUGGAAGAACCAUCAUGUGGGUUUUUUGGAAGAUCCUCAGAUUUUUCUGUACUUGCUCUGAAAUCAAAGAGAUCAGAGAAGGUUAUGAUAUCCUAAAAUACGAGACACUGUUCGCACACACACUCAUACUUCGAAUGAGAUGUGGAUUUGUAGCAAAGCAAAAGGGACUUUUUUAAAUCUUGAAAGCACAAACAAGAUAAGCCAUUAUUAUAUGAACAAUUCAGAGACAUCAAGGUGCUUUAGAAAAGACCAUCAACACCAAGAGUUGUUUUAUACAUAAGGAAAAAGGAAAGAAAGAAAAAAGACUCUUGUUUAAAGGGAAUAGAAACUCACACAGGCUUCAUGGACUGAUUUCAUCACAGAUACUUUACAACACUUCAUUCCAUAGUUCACAAGAUGUGCUAUAAGAAGCUAUAAAUGAACUUUAUUUAUUGAUGUGCAUAUUUCUAAGAUGAACCUACAAGGAUUAUAUGACAUUCCAUCAUACUUUACUUUGUUAAAAUGUAAUAUUUAUAAAAAUCAAUCCUGGAUUUCAUUGUGCAACUCUGUUCAACACUAUACAAUGGAAAUAAAGUCUAUGGUUGUACUAAA